AUGAUAGUUUCUGGCUGGAUCUUCUCGUCUCACCCCUUCGCAGUGUUAGCGGAUGUGAUUUUAUUGAUUAAAGCUAACGCCAAAGUGGAGUUUUUAGGCCACCUGAGGGAACAGCCGCCAGAUUGUUGGGGAAUGUUUACCAGAUAUUUUCUUAACCUCUUGACUUCUAAACAGGCCAAGAAUUCGGAUGUGAAGCAGAUUAAUGUUGGAGCACGGACAGUUUACGGAGUUCUGCAAGAUAUUAAUGAGACUUCCUUCAAUGAGAUCACACUCAUGUUCUUUGAGCAGUACCAAAGAGCCAGGACCCAGUUUGUGCAAACCGUGGCGGAGCUGGCGACUAGGCCGCAAAACAUUGAGACCCUCCAGAAUGCAGGUGUGAUGGCUCUGCUGAGACCGCUUCUAUUGGACGUGGUUCCGAAUAUUCAACAGACAGCUGCCUUGGCUCUCGGGAGGCUCGCCAAUUACAAUGAUGACCUGGCAGAAGCGGUAGUGAAGGGGGAUAUCCUUCCACAGCUUGUCUAUUCAUUGGCUGAACAGAAUCGCUUCUACAAGAAGGCCGCUGCAUUUGUCUUGCGAGCCGUGGGGAAACAUUCGCCUCAACUAGCCCAAGCAAUAGUUGACUGUGGAGCAUUAGACACACUGGUGAUCUGCUUGGAGGAUUUUGAUCCUGGAGUCAAGGAAGCUGCAUCCUGGGCCCUUGGCUAUAUAGCAAGACACAAUGCAGAACUGUCACAGGCGGUGGUGGAUGCGGGAGCCAUCCCUCUUUUAGUGCUCUGUAUCCAAGAGCCGGAGAUCGCCCUGAGAAGGAUCGCUGCCUCGGCGCUCAGUGAUAUUUCAAAGCAUUCUCCGGAGCUGGCGCAGACGGUGGUGGAUGCGGGGGCCAUAGCUCACUUGGCACAGAUGAUCCUCAACCCCGACGCCAAACUGAAGCGUCAGGUGCUUUCAGCUCUCAGCCAGAUAGCAAAGCAUUCUGUGGAUCUGGCAGAAAUGGUGGUGGAAGCAGAAAUUUUCCCUGUUGUGCUCACAUGCCUGAAGGACUCCGAUGAAUACGUCAAGAAAAAUGCAGCAACUCUAAUUAGAGAGAUAGCAAGGCAUACGCCUGAGCUUUCGCAAUUGAUAGUGAAUGCGGGGGGAGUCGCUGCUGUGAUCGAUUGUAUUGGCAGCUGCAAAGGGAAUGUCCGGCUCCCCGGAAUCAUGAUGCUGGGCUAUGUGGCCGCCCAUUCAGAGAAUCUGGCCAUGGCGGUGAUCAUAUCCAAGGGGGUGCCACAACUGGCUGUGUGCUUGUCAGAAGAGCCAGAAGAUCAUAUUAAGGCAGCGGCUGCUUGGUCCUUGGGGCAGAUUGGGAGACAUACCCCAGAACAUGCCCGCGCAGUGGCGGUAGCCAACGUCUUACCUGUGUUACUUUCACUGUAUAUGGCAAGUGAAAGUUCAGAAGAUCUUCAAGUCAAGACAAAGAAAGCAUUAAAGAACAUCCUCCAGAAAUGCACUUAUCUGCCGGCACUCGAGCCCUUGCUCCAUGAUGCUCCUCCCAACAUUCUGAAGCACAUAGUUGGGCAGUUCAGUAAAGUUCUGCCACACGAUGCCAAAGCCCGGCGCCUUUUCGUGACAAGCGGGGGCCUUAAAAAGGUCCAGGAGAUAAAAGCAGAGGCUGGCUCACUUCUUCAAGAGUACAUCCACACUAUUAACAAUUGUUAUCCUGAGGAGAUAGUCAGGUACUAUUCCCCUGGAUAUUCUGAAGCACUUCUGGAAAGGAUAGAAAAUUAUCAGCCCAUUCUAUAAACUUUUCAGGAUUUGUGAUAGAGAGUAUUCCGCCCCCCCCCCCAUUUCUUAUCUAUGUUUUUGAGUGACAGGCUUUUAUCAUUUGGGAAACUCUAGUCUACAAGAUAGUUAGCCUUUUGUCCUAACCAGUUACGAUAACAGGAAGAUAACACCCUUUUCUUCUAUAAUCUGCCCUUGGUUUUUCUGAGAUCCAAGGUUGUCAUGUGUCUGUAUGUUCAAAGGUCCACAAUUUUCAGAAUUUCUUGAGGAGAAUGCAGGGUCCAACUCCUUUUCUGAAGGUAAUAGUCCUGCAGUCUUCAGAGAAGUUAUCAGAUGCUUGAGAUUAAAGAGUUGUCCUGCAGAUCAGAAUGGAACAGCGUAGUUCUCAUUCAUCACAACGGUAUUUGCGUGGAGGUACAGUUUGCAGUUCACCUUGGGAAAGCAGGAGCUGUCUCCAGACAUGCAGAUGAGCAGUGGACUGUGCCCUCCUCUCUCCUAUUUUUUUGAUUGGCAGCUGUGGUAGCCUCCACUGUAGAACGAUCUCAGGCACCUUGAAGAACUAACAUGUGACUGUAAAACCCUUUGAAUUAAUGGCUGUUUGACUUUUGGGCAUCCAGGCUUUUGAUGGGACAGCUUCAGCUCUGUGUAAUUUUUACGAGUGGAUUUCAGGAUAACUUUUAUCUGGGUAAUAAAUCACUGGUAAGGAUUGGUAAGUAGUUAAAAUAAAAAAUAAACG